AUGACCCAUCUUGACAACGACGAAAAGCUUCAUUUCGCCAGAACUAUGCUCUACCUCAAGAAUCAGCUAUUUGCCUUUGCUCUGCUGUUUGCUUUCGUUGAAUUCCUCGACUUCCUUACAGUACACCACUUAUUUGGACCAUGGGCUAUAAUUAUCAGGUAA